CUGUCACUCUCUCCAAUUCCUCCAGAGGUCUCUGUUCCUCAUUUUAAUGCAAUAUAUUUUAUUUUUUAUUGUUCAGUAAAUACGUGAAGGAUAGUGCAGGUGCAGUAAUCCAGCAGUCGUUCGAUAAAAUUCCAACGAUGAAACCUGUUCCCAAUAGUUGCGUCAACAAAACACCGUGUGAAUAUUGAUUUUUAGUAUAAAAAUGGCCAAGGAUGAUGAUAUCAGCUGGUACCAUGGGAAGCUGUCUCGAGAAGGAGCUGAGAAUCUCCUUAAACAGGAAGAUGACGAUGGGGUGUUUUUGGUGAGAGAGAGUAGUACAUCAACAGGUGAUUACGUUCUCUCUGUUCUCCACAACGAGGAGGUGAUUCACUAUCAAAUUCGAAAACACGGGGAAGAUGCCUUUUUCUCCAUCGAUGACGAGACAACAAUACAUGGGCUGGACACCCUGAUAGAAUAUUACCAAGAGGAUAAUCAUGGCCUCGAGAUUAAACUCCAGAAUCCCUGCAAGGGUGUUCUGCCUCCUCAUGACACUAGAAGACAUGGCAGGACUAAUCUGUUGCACAGAGCUACGAUGCAGGGAAACUACACGAUUGUUUCGGAGCUUUUAAAAUGUGGCUACAGGAGUUUAGAGGCAAAAAAUGAACUGGGCCAGACAGCAGUUCACCUCGCAGCCAAGGACGGUGCUGACGACAUCCUGAAGAAGCUCAUUGAGAAUAAAGCUAGUGUGAAUUGUCGUGACUCUGCAGGAUAUACUCCUCUCCACUACGCAUGCCAAAGUAAUCUUCCCAAUACCGUAAGAAUUCUCAUACUGGGUGGUGCAAAUGUUCAAGCAAGACACACAGAGACAGGAAUGGUGCCCCUGCACGAGGCAGCGAGUGCAGGCCAGCGUGAGGUGAUAAAAGUGCUGCUAUCGAUGAAUGCUCCAGUUCACCCGCGAACUCUAGCCGACGACACCCCAGAGAAUCUAGCCCGUCGAAAUGGUCACACAGAGUGCAUAAAGCUCCUCCACAACUACGAGACCCCAGCCCCCAAGGAGAAAAAAUCUGACUGGUACCACGGCACCCUAGACAGAACAGAAGCUGUCUCUCUCCUCCACAAACACGGUGACAAGGAGGGCAGUUUCCUGGUGCGUUUCAGUGAUCGCCGAGGAGGGACUUACGUCCUCACUGUGAUGUACCACAGACAGGACUACCACUUCCAGAUCCAGAAGAGAAACGAUUACCUAUUUAUCGAUAAUGGUCCUUACCUGGCGUCCCUGGAGCACGUAGUGGAGCACUACAGGUGCAUGCCAGAUGGUCUUCCUGGCCCUCUCGUGACGCCAAUUCGCCCUGAAAAACCUCCUCCAGUUCCAGACAUGCCCCCCUCAAUUUUCAAUGGAAAUACCCUGGGGAGAAAACACCCUGAGGCUCUGGCACUCCAGCCUGAUCCUACAUCAUUCAAAAAUAUUGCAUUCGACAUGGGAAUUUCACCAGCUGCCUCAGCAUCUCCCAGCAGCUCUCAGGAGUUUAUCCCAGGGGACAAUCUCAUCCUCGGGGAGGUACUGGGGGAGGGGGAAUUCGGGGCUGUCUACGAAGGAGUCCUGACAAAUGGGGUUCAGGUACCUGUGGCCAUUAAAACUCUUCGAGACACCCACAAUAUCGCUACCAGAGAGGAAUUCCUCAGGGAGGCCCGACUCAUGAUGACUUUUGACCAUCACUGCAUUGUUAAACUCAUUGGACUUUCCCAGGGACCUCCACUCCUCAUGGUCCAAGAGUUAGUGCCCCUUGGAUCGAUGCUGGCGUAUCUCCUAGAGUUCCCUGACAGGGUCAGCCCAUCGUAUGAGCUCAAGGUCUGGGCUUCACAGAUUGCCUGUGGUAUGAAGUACCUAGAAGAGCUCAGGCUAGUCCACAGGGAUCUUGCUGCCAGAAAUAUUCUGUUAGCCUCCAGGCACCAGGCAAAAAUCAGUGACUUUGGAUUGUCCAGGAGUUUUGGAUCUAGUGAUUAUUACAGAGCCACGCAGGGGGGAAAGUGGCCCAUCAAGUGGUAUGCACCUGAAUCCUAUAAUUUUGGAACUUUCUCGCAUGCCAGUGAUGUCUGGAGCUUCGGUGUUACCCUCUGGGAGAUGUUCUCGUAUGGGGAACAGCCUUACGGCGACCGGAGAGGCGUCGAUGUAAUUCAACUUGUGGAAAAGGGUGAACGCCUGGACAAACCAGAAGACUGUCCAGAGCACGUGUAUGACGUAAUGCAGAGAUGCUGGUCGUACGCCCCCCAGGAUCGUCCGACUUUCUGCGAACUAUUCGAAAUUUUCUCCACAGAUCCAGACUACGCCAAUCUGAAAGACCUGAUGGCCACUGUGGACAUCAGCUAGCUGUCCCUCUCAAAAUCAGACUGUCAAUUUCGAAAAAAGAAAAAAAAAAUCAUUCCAAUUGAAUUCCAAACAGUGCCAUCACCUCAAAAUCCCCUCUCCACCAUCUCCCAACUGUAAAUAUAAAAUAUUCUACCUGAGGAAUGGACAUUAAACAAAGUCUCAACCUGUAAAAGGCAGUUGCAAAUUUAUUUACCACUCUUGUACAGUCAGAGAAACAUUUUCCGUUUAUAAACCAAAAUAUUCGAUACCUAUCACCCUACGUUCAAUAGGUGGAUACAUAAGACGUCAAUUAACGUCAUUUGUUCAACAACUCGAUAUACGUCAUCAAUAACCCGUUCUUAUUCCCUUGAAACUAGUUAUUUCGUGAAAACUAUGGAAAUAUUAAUUAAAAAACAAUCACGUCACUGUAAUUUUAAAUGAAUCAGUAGAUCUUUCACCUUUCACUUAUUAUAGUCAUUUUAUUUUAUUUUUUAUCAGUUCUCAUUUAUGCUAGGUCAUUUUCUCAAGAAACAAUAGUUUAUUUAUAAUUUUUGAAUGCAACAGUGACGUGACGUAGACAAUAGCGUAGCGUACAACUUACAAAAAGUGAAAUCACUACCUAAAUUUUUACACGACGAUUCGUUAAAUUCUAUGUACAACAUAUGUACAGACAGAAGUGGGAAAAAUUAAUUUUCAAUAGCUCAUUCGUGGUUCACUGUCUCUCCCUUGUGCGUCAUCCAACUGUUCUGAGAUUAUUUCAAGUCAGUUCGAUGACAAUAAGAGAGAGUAUUGAGUGUCUGACUGUCGAUAAUCCAUUCUAUUCAAUGUACAUAAAUAGGACUCGUGAAUUUUUCGGAUUUUCAACGUGAUAUUUCGUAAUAAAAAAUAAAUAGUUAUGAACUUAUCCUAAGGAGCGUCAAUGAUUGGCACACUGUGAAAAAUAAUUAUAUCUGACUAAUUA